GCAGUUAACAGACCCAUCGGCUGCCACGCUGGCACACUGAGCAUGCCUCAGCGAGGCUCUCGAGCCAUUCCUUUUUCUAUGUGGCCAAGCACGGGCUUCAACCACGGCAUCAGCCACCAGGCAACCAUGCGGCAGCCGCCCCGCGGACCACGCAGAUUAGAGCAGCCCGCAGCAGCGAAUUAAAGUUACAGCGGGUCGUUUGCGAGCACACAAGGAUCUCUAGCUCUGCCAUGGUGGUAACUGGUAUUCUGGGCGGGCUGCUCUAACCAUCAAAGCGUAGCGCACACCACUUGCUCGACAAAAGGUUGGGUGGAAAACUGUCUAGAGUUUCAUUUGCUUUUUUCUAUAUUUUAUUUUUGUUAUUAGUUUUUGAAUGCUUUGACUUCUGUCUUGAAUAUAUAUGUAUAUGCCCUUACAUUUUAUAACUAACAAUAUCAUGACGAAUCAUUAUCAUCAACGAUCUGACCUGUGAAGACAGUGACAUGCACAUCGCAUCCGUUUAAUCUCUGAGCUGCACAGGUGCUUUCUCUUUGCCAUGGUAACCUCCAAAGAUUAUACAAGGAAAUGUAGUUGUUGCCAAAUAUAUCAACCGUUUGUGUGAUGCUCAUCUCUGCACUGCUUGACCUUGACAUCUAUACGCUGACAUUUUACACUCUAGUAGCUCUACAUAGUGUAGACCACAUCAAAAAGAUAAUGUCUUGAUUCUUCCACUCCUAACGACCUUUGGCAUGUUUUCAUAUUACGGAUUCAGCCUUUCAGAGUAACAGCGGAUAGCUGGAAUUUUCUGCCUGGAAAGCAGAGUGUCUAGGGCACAUGACAUUCCUUCAGCAUCUUGCACUGCACAUCUUUAUGGAUGGAAUGAUGUGAGACAUGACGACGUAUUCCCUUUCAGCUUGGCCUGCACUCUUUAGUCUCAUUGUUUCAUCCCAUCAACAUGGAAGAGCUAUCAGUUAUCACAGGCUUAUUUCAUCACCAAGUUUACAGUAGAGGCUCAAGUUGGAAAUGUGAUGAGUUCUCCUUUUAUUUAGAUGCUGAACUUGUCAUACUCAUGGAUAUAUGCACCACAUAUAGUUCCCCUGAACAGAACGGAAUAGGCAGUGAUUACUCAAUGACAAUUAUUCUAUUCGAUUCUGUUAUGUUCUAUUCUAUCUUCUGCUGGUGCAAUGCACCCCAAAACAGCACUGUUCCUUUUGCCAAUCUGUAGUAACCACAUAUCUACUUACAAAGCUACAUGAUCACUGAUUAGUCACGUUUCACUUGGUGGUGAUACUGCCAGUUCAGAUCUGGUUACUAUAGUUUUCUCUUUUCUUUUCCUUGUGAGAACACAACACUAUGGUUAACAGUUACCACUGUUGAAAAUUGAGCACUAACAAAUUUUUGUUUAAGAUUUACUAUGAGAGAGACUAUAGUUGACUUAAAGGUUAUAAUAUUUCCACAGCCCAUAUGCACGCCAUAACUUUCAGCGUUUUCCUACUGUCACCCAUGGAUUAUGAUGGUCCAUCUCACAACUUCAAACCCCCAGUUAAACAACAUUCCUUUGCUUUGGUCUAUCUGAGGUUGAUCAAAGGGAUAAAUUCUGCACUAUGUUUAUGGAAACAUUGCCUUUCAUUUAUUACCUUUCACCUUUCCAAAACUUUUCAGAAGUCCUAAGAUUAAAACUGAAUGGAAGAACAACAUGUACAUUAAAAUAACUGCUAACACAAAAGGGCAAGUAAUGUUCAUGUAUAAGUAACAGUAUGAAAUAGAAAGCGGAGAAGGAGAUGCUACUUCAGAUUUUCUGGAGAGAUCAAGCCAUUGAAAUAAGGAGCAUGCAUAAUUCUCCCAUUUACUUCCAAAGGCAUAAUUCUUCAGAUAACGGCAGCUACACAUUCCCUCUUGCAUUUUAGAAUUUGACUUCUGUUGAGCCUUGAUGUGGACUUCUUACAGUGAGUAUUCUUUACCUUUUAAAAUUAUUCAGUGAACUGGCCUUAGUGGGAGCUGAAUAUGGAAAGUGUACCUAACUGCAUAUGUAAUCAGAAACUUGCUUGCAAAGAAGCUACAGUCACAAGUAUUCCCUCUGGAAGGUGUACAUAAUUGUGUUAUCCUGCUGAUAUAUAGAUCUAUAGUAAGCAUGGACCAUGGAGUGAAAGCAUUUAAAAAACUUAUAGUUUUCCUGUUUUUGUAUCCUCUCGAACUGUAUGCUUUUAGGUUUUGAGUAACGACAAAUCUGAUAUUUUGUAUAGGUUGCUUUUUGAGGACCUUUUUCUGAUUUUAUAGAAAAAAACACCUUUUUGCAGGAACAUGUGCAAUAUGGAGGGGAACAAUAUGCAUGCUUCUAGUACCAGGGCAUAACACAAUGAUGCCUAUAAUUUUUAGUGUGAAAAAAGUUAGAUCAGGUGGCUUAUGAAUCUGUCUUGUGGAGUAGCUUCAUCUAGCACCAUGUAAACUGAAACCUCUGAUGCUAUUGUAACCGUGUAGGGACAACACGCAUAGCUCACAUAUUUUGGCUUGAGCUGCCUCCCACACUGCCCAUCUCAAUCAUUAGAAAAUGAAAAGGAGAAUGGAAUAUGAUUCUUGUUGUAUGUAGUGGGCCUGGCACACACAAAAAAAAAUGAGAAAAGGUCCAGGUUUUUUUGUUUUUUCUACCAGCUUAGCAUUUUCUUGGAAAAAUACCAUAUUUUGCAUAGACAUCAGUUUAUAUUUAUCUUUUUGUAUUUUUAAUCACCUCUUAAAAUUUGCAUCAUUGAAAAAGAAUCAACUGCUCUGCAUUUGCAAAAGCAAUAUGAAUAUUUGCAAAGGUGAACACCUUUGCUGGCAUGCAAACCUGGAGUUUUUGCAGUCUGUAAAAAGUUAAUCUUCUGAAAAUAUUGAGAGCUGGAAAGAAUCGGAUGGUUUGCAUAGCUACUUUGUUACAAAACCUUGAAUUCAAAACCUUAAUUUUACAGGUGUUCUCAUUAUAUUAAAAUUACUACAUGUUAAGGCUCUUAGCCUCUUAUAUUGGUGUACUCAUGUACCAUCAUGAAGAGUGUAGCCACGUAUAUGCUGCAAGUGGACUUGCAUUUCUGCCUUUGGUUCCCAUAUCCAUGCUGAUUCUGUACUGAGGCUUGAUAGAUAUGUCUUGCAAUAUAAUCAUCUUUUCUGAAUUCUUUAUUGUAUCCUGAUGGUAUAUCAUUUGCAAUUUGCAGUAGAAUAUUAUUUCGUUUUUGCUUUCUUUGUGAAAAUCUGCCACCAAGUGGUUUUCUGUGGGUCUGUGGGCAAGUAAUGUUUCCAUCAAAGAUUUUUUGCAGUUUAAUCGAACAGAAACUGCUAGUGGUGAUUCAAAAGAAAAAAGUUCAUGACUAGAAAAUAAGUUGACUAAUGCUUAUUCCUUGCAAGUUUGUUUUGAGUUUGUCACAUAGGGAGUUGCAUGGAUUUGUUGGCAGAAGGAAGUGCGCAUUAAUACUCCAUACACCAUGCAGCAGAGAGUUGUUCAUUGGCUGCAGAACAGAGAAAAAGGAGAAGACAACAUUAUAUAUUUGGUUAUUUCUCCACCGUCAGAGAUGCGGCCUAGUAACCUGUGUGCCAAAUGCAUUUUCAUGAAAUGGCAAAGUGCCAUUGCCACCCUCAAUAUGUAUAUCUGUGUGCAACUCUCUGCGUGCACGAUUCUUCACUUAGAGGGGGAAAAUAAUCUUAUAUCCUUUCGUGCCAUAAGAUUUUCAGAAUCCGAUUAUCCUCUACGACAGCACAAGGUGUGACAAACCGCACUGCCAUGCAAUGCAGAUUCAAGGAAUCUUUCAACAUAUAUUCCUCUCUCCAGGCUUUCAUUAUAAAUAGAGGCCAACUGGGUUUUGCACUUCAUACAACCCCAUACCUUCAGAGCUUACAAGGAGUAGCAGAGCUCAGAAGAGCAUUCGUAUUCAGCACAUAGUGCGCCUUCUUGAAAGAACUGUACAGGAGAUCACACAAUGAGCUAUUAUGGCAGCAGCUCUUCUGGUGGACGAAGCAGUAGGAGAGUCGACUAUGGGAGGACAUAUGUGGUGAGGCCAAAGGGAAGGCACCUAGCCACCAUUGUGUGGCUCCAUGGCAUAGGUGACAAUGGUGCUAGCUGGUCCCAGCUCCUGGAUUCUCUUCCUCUACCAAAUAUCAAGUGGAUAUGCCCCACUGCUGCAACCCGGCCUGUCGCGGCUUUUGGUGGAUUCCCCUGCACAGCAUGGUUUGACGUUGAGGACACAUCUAUAGAUGGCCGAGACGACAUUGAGGGACUGGAUGCUUCAGCUGCACACAUUGCAAAUCUGCUGUCGUCUGAGCCGUCUGAUGUGAAGCUUGGGAUUGGCGGUUUCAGCAUGGGCGCCGCCGUUGCCCUUCACUCAGCAGCAUGCUAUGCUCAUGGCAAAUUCACAAGUGGCAUUCCCUAUCCAAUCGCACUCAACGCAGUCAUCAGUUUGAGUGGCUGGCUCCCUUGCUCAAGGACCCUGAGGAGCAAGAUGGAGGGUUCACAUAUUGCUGUAAGAAGGGCUGGCUCCUUGCCCAUCCUGCUUAGUCAUGGAAGAGUGGAUGAAGUUGUCGUCUACAGGGAUGGCGAGAGAUCAGCUGAGGUUCUGAGGAACUCAGGAUUCUCAUUUCUGACUUUCAAGCCCUACAACGGGUUGGGCCAUUAUACGAUCCCUGAAGAACUGGACGACCUCUGCAAGUGGCUUAGUUCGUCGCUUGGCCUCGGCCGAUCUCGCUAAAAGAAUAGUUUUUUUUUUUUGGCGUAUGCGCAAUGGGUUUGGUGACAGCAUAUAUUUUGAGGGGAGGUUUGGUUUGAUAGCUUGUAAAACACUUGAUGCUAGCUGCUCUCUUCGCAUGUGGCUUUUGUUUCCGUCGUCCUAAUUUACGUACUCUAUGUCUCUAUGUAAUGCGGUACUUUGUUGUCUGAUGUUUGCUAAUAAAAAGAAAAUGCCGUUGAGGCCUCUGAUCAAUGGAAACAGCAUUUGUACUG